AGGGAGGGGCGGGGGCGAGCGCUCCUGGCCGCGGUUGGGGGCUGCUGUGAAGGUGUCAUGGCUGCUGCUGCGGAGCAUAGUUCCUCAGGCAGCAGCGAGAGGAGCCCGGAGGGAAGCUCCAGCCCCCUCCUCACCCGCGAGGUGCUCUGCGAACUCUUUCGUUCCCUGCACACCCUGACUGGACAGCUUAACCUCAGAGAUGAUGUGGUGAAAAUUACAAUCGAUUGGAACAGGCUCCAGAGCCUCUCAGCAUCCCAGCCUGCAUUGCUUCUCACUGCACUUGAACAGCACGUUUUGUAUUUACAGCCUUUUUUAGCAAAACUUCAAUCUGUAAUUAAAGAGAAUUCAACUGCAGUUGAAGAGAUAAGACAGACAGAAACGGAGACCAAGAAGGAAGUAAAUGCUAAGCAUCCCACUGGGGACCUACAAGAUGAAGGAAAGCUCAAAGACUGUGAUGUAGAUGUGAAAAAGACACAAAUCCAUUUUGAUCCAGAAGUAGUUCAAAUAAAGGCUGGCAAAGCAGAAAUUGACAGACGAAUAUCUGCGUUUAUUGAAAGAAAACAAGCUGAAAUCAAUGAGAACAACGUCAGGGAAUUUUGCAAUGUUAUCGAUUGUAAUCAAGAAAAUAGUUGUGCCAGAACUGAUGCCAUCUUUACUCCUUACCCUGGAUUUAAAAGUCAUGUGAAGGUUUCUAGAGUUGUGAAUACAUAUGGACCACAGACUAGACCCGAAGGAAUUCCAGGGUCAGGUCACAAACCUGCCGGCAUGCUUCGAGAUUGUGGAAAUGAGGCCGUGGAGGAACGACUCCAGAACAUCGAGGCUCACCUGCGGCUGCAGACGGGUGGCCCCGUACCAAGAGACAUUUAUCAGAGAAUUAAAAAGCUUGAAGAUAAAAUCCUUGAGUUGGAGGGCAUCUCUCCUGAAUACUUUCAAUCUGUAAACUUCUCUGGAAAAAGAAGAAAAGUCCAACCCCCUCAGCAGAACUAUUCCCUGGCUGAACUGGAUGAGAAAAUUAGUGCCCUCAAACGAUCCCUGCUCAGAAAAUCAAGAGAAGCAGAAUCCAUGGCAUCUCACCACCUUCCGUGAGAACCGCCUCGUCACGCUUUCCUUUAAGAUGCAUGUGCGUGUAACCUACAGAUGUUUAACUGUUUGAAGCAUAUUUAUCAACAUCAACUUUUCUGUGAAGUCAAGGUUUAUUUUCACAUGAGUCUGGCUUGCAGCACACAGUCAAGUAUUCCAGUGUUUGGAAAUGAUGUAAACUCUGAAAAUAGCACUGUUGGAAUUUAUUUCCUUCUGUUUUAAAGGAGGCAUUUUGGAUAUUGAAAAACUUAAUUUGAAAUAACUUCUUUUGGUGAUCUACCUGAGAUUAUUAUUUUGAUAGUGAUAUUUAAAAAGACUUUAUAUUUGUAACAUUGAAUAACCAGUUUCUUAGUUUAUAUUAGUAUUUUGUACAUAGUGGGCAAUUAUCAAAAAUUUAUUGCCAAAAAAAAAACCCUGACAAAUGCAUGUAUAUAAUCUUUUUUCCCAUAUGUCUUUCUUACUAUAAAUAAACAAUUGAUCAACUUUA